UGGUUGUACCCUAAUCCCGCCUACUCCGCGUGUCCGUCUUGGUCGCGCCGGAAGUGUUAGCCGGUGUGUGUCAGUGACGUUGCAAGGGGUGGGAUAUAGCAACAUGGCGGCGGUUCCACGUUUCGUUUUCAUCUGGGCCCUCGCGCUAUUGGCAAGCACCCAAGCCCUGUCCCCCAGCCAUUACCUGAGCCGAGACGACGUGGAGAGACUGAAAGAAGCCCUGGGGAAGCCUGUAUCCGACCUGCAGUCUGCGUACUACUACAUCGUAGGGUUUCAGCAGCUUGGUGCCAAUUUGCCGGAUGAACAGGCUGCGUGUGACUUUGUCCGCUCCAACGUGGAUUAUAGUAGCGUGGAUUCCCUCUUCUAUGCUGCUCAAUCUAGACAGGCCUUAUCCAAGUGUGAGGUGGUAAUCUCCAAUGAAACCAGGGACUUGCUGCUUGGAGCUGUGAGCGAGGACUCGUCGGUCACACAAAUAUACCAUGCCGUGGGAGCCCUCGCUGGCUUUGGCCUUCCCCUGGCCUCGCAAGAAGUCGUCAGUGCCCUCACCACCAGACUCAGCAAGGAGGAGAAUGUCCUGGCAACCAUCGAAGCCCUCCUUACCGCUUCAUUUCUGUCCCAGCAAGCAGACCUCCGUGGCAUCGUCGAGGAGAUAGAGGAUCUGGUAGCACGUCUCGAUGACUUGGGCGGUCAGUACCUGCAGUUCGAGGAAGGUCUGGAAGCAACCGCUUUGUUUGUGGCUGCUACAUACCAACUCUCUGACCACGUUGGUGUGGAGCCAGCCCUAAAAGAGGACCAGAUCGUCCAGCUGAUGAAUGCCAUCUUCAGCAGGAAGAACUUUGACUCCCUCUCAGAAGCCUUCAGCGUGGCUCUGGCAGCCUCCGCACUUUCCCACAACCGUUACCAUAUCCCACUUAUUGUGGUGCCCGAUGGCCCAGCCUCUGUGUCCCAUAAACAGCCUCUCCUGCGGUUGCUGGUCACCAAUGUCCUCUCUCAGCCCCUGACCGAAGCCAAAGUUAAGGUCAUUCAUGCCAAAUCUUCCAGCACCAAAGCCACAGUCCUUCAACAAGCGCCAUUCUCUUCAUCUGGGGAUUCUUUUGAGCUGAACUUUAUGGAUGCCAAGCCAGCCAGCGGCUAUUACGACUUCUCAAUCAGUGUGGAGGGAGACAGCCGCUACAUGGCAAGCCAAGUGGAUCUCAAGGUUAAAGUGUCUACAGAAGUUGGAAUCGGAAACGUUGACCUCUCCGUUGUAGACAAAGACCAGAGCAUGUCUCCGAAGACUGUUAGAGUCGUGUUUCCAUCCAAAUCCAAAGGCUCCUUCACUGCUGAUAGCCACCAGAACUUUGCCCUGUCCUUCCAGCUCACAGAUGUGAACACUGGGGCUUCCCUCACACCACACCAGACCUUUGUCCGACUCCACAACCAGAAGACCGGCCAGGAAGUUGUCUUUGUGGCUGAGCCGGACUCCAAGAACACCUACAGGUUUGAACUUGACCCGUCUGAAAGAAAGUCAGAGUUUGACUCUGCAUCUGGAACGUACACGCUCUACCUGAUUGUAGGAGAUGCCACCCUGGAGAACCCCAUCCUGUGGAAUGUUGCUGAUGUGGUUAUUAAAUUCCCUGAGGAGGACUCACCAAGUCCAGUCCAGUCCAAGAACCUGUUUACCCCCAAACCAGACAUACAGCACUUAUUUAGGGAGCCUGAAAAGAGACCCCCCACUGUCGUGUCGAACACCUUCACUGCAUUGGUCGUGGCCCCUCUGCUGCUGCUCUUCAUCAUUUGGAUAAAGGUUGGCGUGAACAUCUCAAACAUCAGCUUCUCUCCCAGCACCAUCAUUUUCCACUUGGGACAUGCAGCCAUGCUAGGCCUGAUGUAUGUGUAUUGGACGCAGUUGGACAUGUUUCAGACUUUGAAGUACUUGGCUAUUUUGGGCUCCAUCACCUUCCUGGCGGGGAACCGAAUGCUCGCUCACAAAGCAGUCAAAAGGACUGCGGCUGAGCAGAGCAGUAGGUUGGCAAAGUAUAGAACGCUUCGGUAAUCUUGGAGCGUGUGGUGUAAAGUCGGAAAAAUGAGUCUAGACCAAGAUGGAGAGGAAUUAUGAAGAAGCAUUCACUCAAACAUUUGUACAAGUUCAAACUGCAGUCUGUUUUUGUUAAUUUUUUUUUUAUUUUCUAUAUUUUUUUUUUUCAUCCCCCGAUUUUAUUUUUCCCCGCACUGAUCGACCAGUGACUGCAUCUCUCGGGCAAAGCCAUUAUGAAAUUAAUCAUGGCCAAUUUACACGGACGUAUUCUAUCGAGCUCGGGGAGGUGGCGAGCCACUCGAUGACCGGAGAGCAGAUCUCCAAAGAAACCUUGAACAUUGCCGGGGGGGGGUGGGGGGGGAUGUAGGACUCAUUUUCAUUGUGGGCUGGCAGGGGGGGGGGAUUUUUGGACACGGAAUCUGUGAAUUGGUAUGUUUUUACCGCUGACAAUAAAGUGGAAGGUGAGAGGGAA